AAGUUAAAUCUGAAAUGAACGUUCUUGCAAUUAACCACUCACCAACUGAGCUUUCACGAUGUCGGGUCUACUCGUUUCUAGAUUGGUUCUCCUAGUCUGGUAUAUAUCAACUGUUAGUGCCUCCGACUCUACAUGUGGUUCCUGUGUGUCUAUGGUGGAUAUAUUUGCCAGCACCUAUAUCUCACCAUUAACUGCAGAGGAGUUUAAGGGGGUCUGGAGUACAGCUUGUCAUACGUUGAAGGGGGAUCAGAUGGAACAUUGUAUGAAUAUAAACAAUAAAUACAGCAAGGAUCUAUACGAUCACCUAACGAGUGAUGAAGGAGCAGCAAAGAUCUGUGCAGUGUUUGAUCAAUGCAAAAACGGAGACAAAAUUCAACUAGAUUAUACUUUCAGCUGUUCAGACUGUAAAAGUCAGGCAAAAACUUAUCAACAAAAUUUGAAAAAAUUUACUGAUUCUGCUCUGAAAAAGAAAAUGAACACGGUGAUCUGCAGUGGUCUUGCUAGUGGUAAGAUGGAGAACUGUAAAGAUCUAGUUGAUCAAUUCGUUCCUCUUCUAACAUUUGUUGCUAAAAAUAUGGAUUUGAGUUUUUUGUUCUGUACUGCAGUUAAUACCUGCCCUGCUACCUCCACCCUUCAAUCACAAAUGGUGAAAUUUUACACAGAAAAGAAAAGUGUCGGUACUGAUGACACCAGCUGUACGCAGUGCAAGGCAUAUGUAGCAUUAGGACGAAGCCUGAUUGAUCUGUCGGAUUCAGCAUUUGAUUCAUCAAAAGUUUGCAAAAGCAUUCCAUUGUUGGGAGAUAAAUGUACAGCUUUCUUUGACCUUUUUGGAGGAGUAGUUGUUGAUGCUAUCAAGAACAAACUUGAUGAUACUGCGAUUUGUACCUCUGUUCUUGGAUUCUGCGAUGGAUCAGCCCUUGAAUCUCCUGAGUUUGUUCUCAAAACUGAACCUAUAAUGGAGACUGAAGUCUUAGAUAUGGAAACCUACUCCAGUGAGAUGACCCCUGAGUGUAAGAAAUGCCUUGCUUCUGUUGAUCUGUUGAGAAGUCUUCUUGAUCUCACAGAUGCAGCUUUCGAUGCCUCAAUGGUCUGCAAACAGCUGCCUUUCAUUGGAUCAAAGUGCACUGAUUUUAUGUCUAAGUACGGAGAUAUCAUUUACAACAGUAUCAACAACAAGCUUAAUAGUACAGAGAUUUGUGAAACAGAACUUGGACUCUGUUCACCGGAGGAAACGGAUGAUUUUAAGUAUGCUGAGGAUACUGAGGAUACUGAUGAUACUGAUAAUAAGAUCUUUGCGUAUCCUGAAUCCAGGGCCAGAUUUUUCAGCCCUCUUCUUUACAGGAUGGCCUAAAUUCUAUAUCUUGGCUUGGUUUGAACAAAAACAGUUAUAAAGAAAUCUUUCAAAAUAAAAUUGUUAAUUGAGGA